CCAUGCGUCUGUCUGUUCAAUGUUCUUGGCCAUAGUUCUUAAAAAUCAUAUUUUAUAUCAAAAAAUAAAAACAGAAAACAAAAUAGACACCCAAUGCCUUUAUGUGUCUCCUACUUCAGGAAUUAUUUUCUAAACAACCCAUAAAACUCAACCUCUCCCAUGUGCCCUCACAUGCUUUCCAAUGAAUUACCAGUCAAUUAUUAUAUUUUCAUUCAAGUUCCAUUGAGCAAUGUUUACUACAAAAUUAAAACGCCAACUUUUGAUAUCACAUUCACUAUGGAUCUCCGCAAAAGCAGAGCAACGACAACCACCGUUACUCUCUCAUGUCUUCUCCUCGUUUCUUCAUUCUAUACUAUCUCCACCGCAAAAUCAGCCAAAAAUCCACCCUCUUACCAACUCUUUCUAUUUUUGGGAUUCGUUCUAGUCGCAGCUUUGUCGCUUCUGAUACUUGUCACUGCUGCACGGGCCACUAUGGUAGCUUGGAUAACGGUGAUCGUCUUGCUGGCCUUCUCGGGUACACGCCGUCGUGUUCUGGCGAAGCGGGGGAAGACGAUAACGACGGACGUGGCUAUGUGCUUGGUCAGGGUUCUGAUUAGUGAGGCAGAUCCUCGCGGUUAGUCUGAUGUUAGAGGGUAUUUAUUAUUUACAUAUUAUCCUUGUAUAUAAUCUUUUUUUUUUAAAUCUGAGGAUGUCCAGCCGGCCGAAACCCAACACUAACGCCAAAUAGUCCUGGUUCUUGUAUAUCACUUGAAACUAUUCCUUUUGUGAAUGAUAUUCGGUUUUGUUUUUA